GGUGGACAGCGUCAUGGCGGAGACGAUCAUAAUCCGCGUGCAGUCACCAGAUGGAGUGAAACGCAUCACAGCCACGAAGAGAGAAACGGUGGCAACCUUUCUCAAGAAGGUUGCAAAAGAGUUUGGUUUCAGGAAUAACGGAUUUUCCGUCUACACCAACAGAAACAGGACAGGAGAGAUCACAGCAUCACAAAACAAGUCCCUCAGCUUACUGAAAAUCAAGCAUGGUGAUAUGCUGUUUCUCUACCCCUUGAGCCCAGCUGGCUCAUCCUCAGAGACCAUGGACACCUCUGUCUCCCAAAACUUGCGGCCUGUGGGUGCCCCCCAGGUGGUGGAAGAUGAGAUUGAUCAAUAUCUCAUCAAACAGGAUGGGAAGAUCUACCGAAAUCGAGACCAGCAGCUGUGUCACCACAGCCCCUUGGGUAAAUGUGUCCACUGUGUACCUCUGGAGCCUUUUGAUGAAGAUUAUUUAAACCAUCUGGAACCUCCUGUGAAGCACAUGUCCUUCCAUGCCUACAUCAGGAAGCUGACCGGUGGAGCAGACAAGGGGAAGUUUGUUGCCCUGGAAAACAUCAGCUGCAAGAUCAAGUCAGGCUGUGAAGGGCACCCUCCUUGGCCAGAAGGCAUCUGCACAAAGUGCCAGCCCAGUGCCAUCACUCUCAAUAGGCAGAAAUACAGGCAUGUUGACAACAUCAUGUUUGAGAACCACACAAUUGCAGAUCGCUUCCUCGACUUCUGGAGGAAGACAGGAAACCAGCACCUCGGGUACCUCUACGGCCGCUACACGGAGCACAAAGACAUCCCUCUGGGCAUCCGGGCUGAGGUUGCUGCCAUCUACGAACCCCCCCAGAUCGGUACCCAGAACAGCCUGGAGAUCCUAGACGAUCCGAAAGCGGAGGUGGUGGAUGAGAUCGCUGCAAAGCUUGGGCUGAGAAAGGUUGGGUGGAUAUUUACUGAUCUGGUCUCUGAAGACACACGGAAAGGGACUGUUCGAUACAGCAGAAACAAGGACACGUAUUAUCUGAGUGCAGAAGAGUGCAUCACAGCUGGCUACUUUCAGAACCAGCAGCCCAACAUCUGUCGGCUCUCCCCAGAUGGACAUUUCGGAUCCAAGUUUGUCACAGUUGUGGCUACAGGUAUUUCUCUUCCAGGUGGUCCCGACAACCAGGUCCACUUUGAAGGGUACCAGGUCUCAAAUCAGUGCAUGGCACUGGUCCGGGAUGAGUGUUUGCUGCCCUGCCGAGAUGCACCAGAGCUGGGCUAUGCCAAGGAGUCCAGCAGCGAGCAGUAUGUGCCUGAUGUCUUCUAUAAGGACAUAGACAAGUUUGGCAAUGAGAUCACGCAGCUGGCUCGCCCACUCCCGGUUGAGUACCUAAUCAUAGACAUUACUACGACCUUCCCCAAGGAUCCAGUCUACACUUUUUCUAUUUCUCAAAAUCCAUUCCCCAUUGAGAACCGUGACGUGCUGGGAGAAACUCAGGACUUUCACAGCUUGGCCACAUACCUGUCCCAAAACACUUCCUCCAUCUUCCUGGACAUCAUUUCCGAUUUCCAUCUGCUGCUCUUCCUGGUCACAAACGAGGUCAUGCCUCUGCGGGACAGCAUCAGCUUGUUGCUGGAAGCUGUGAGGACUAAGAAUGAGGAGCUUGCCCAGACCUGGAAAAAAUCGGAGCAGUGGGCGACCAUCGAGCAGCUUUGCAGCACAGUCGGUGUCCAGAUCUCAGGACUGCAGGACUAUGGUGCCAUGGGCGGCUCGACGCAUGCUGCCUCAGCAGCCAUGUGGGCCUGCCAGCACUGCACCUACAUGAACCAGCCUGGCACGGACCACUGCGAGAUGUGCAGCCUGCCCCGGACCUAGCCAUGCUGGCAGACUCCAGAGUAAACCUUUGAGCAGCAGGAGUGGUGCUUGUUCCUUCCCCAUCCUCCCUUCUGCUUCCCC